GCAUCACUGAACUGCAGAGGGGAGAGCACAACACACACUGAGGGCCACCCAAACUGAUUUCAGCAGAUGCAGGGCAGUCAUGUCAGUGGAGGAGGAGCGAAGGAAGGGAAGUGUGGGGGUAGCACGUUCUGAAAGAAAUACCGAGAUAGAAAACCCGAAUAGGCGUAUUGUAAGCAGCACUUUCUGUUUGAAUGUUUUAAACGGAUCCACCGAGAAGUCGUUAAGCUCACAGCUUUAAGCUGCCCUGGAGAUGGGGGACAAGGCGGGGACCAGGCGAGGGUAAAAUCCUCAGCCAGCAAAGACCACACCACUGAUCUCAGCCAUUAAGCCUGAUCGGUAUUGUUUUGAGUCUUGAUGUUGAAACCAACAUGACAUCUGUGUAUCCUGAAAUUAACUGGGUAUUCAAGAAGUCGAGCCCCAACUGUAAGGUCACAGUGUACCUGGGUAAGAGAGAUUUUGUGGACCAUUUGGACCAGGUGGACCCAGUAGACGGAGUAAUCCUGGUUGACCCAGAAUACCUGAAAGACAGAAAAGUGUUUGUGACCCUCACCUGUGCUUUUCGGUAUGGCCGCGAGGACCUGGACGUCCUUGGCCUGUCUUUCCGGAAGGAUCUGUACAUUUCCACUUUUCAGGCGUUCCCACCAAUCCCGGACGAGCGCAAGCCCAACAGUCGCCUGCAGGAGAGGCUGCUUAGGAAAUUAGGCCAGCAUGCACAUCCCUUUCAUUUCACUAUCCCUCAAAACCUCCCCUGCUCUGUCACUUUGCAACCAGGACCCGAGGAUACUGGAAAAGCCUGUGGAGUUGACUUUGAGAUAAGAGCUUUCUGUGCCAAAUCGGUAGAAGAGAAGAUACACAAAAGGAAUUCCGUGAGGUUAGUGAUUCGUAAAGUGCAGUAUGCGCCCGAGAAGCCGGGACCCCAACCCAUGGUGGAGACGACGCGCAGCUUCCUGAUGUCCGAUCGCUCGCUUCACCUGGAGGCCUCUCUAGAUAAAGAGCUUUACUAUCACGGAGAGCCCAUCAGCGUGAACGUCCACGUCACCAACAACUCAACUAAGACAGUCAAAAGAGUCAAAAUCUCUGUUCGUCAGUAUGCUGACAUAUGCCUGUUCAGCACUGCACAGUAUAAGUGUCCAGUGGCCCAGCUCGAGGCGGACGACCAGGUGUCGUCCAGCUCAACGUUUUGUAAGGUGUACACACUGACGCCCACACUGAACAACAACCGCGAGAAGCGGGGCCUCGCCUUGGACGGCAAGCUGAAGCACGAGGACACUAACCUAGCCUCCAGCACCAUUGCGAAGGACGUCAGCAACAAGGAAGUGUUGGGCAUCUUGGUGUCCUAUCGGGUGAAGGUCAAACUGGUGGUUUCGCGCGGAGGGCUCUUAAGCGGAUUGUUGGAGAGGGACGUGUCGGUGGAGCUGCCCUUUGUCUUGAUGCAUCCCAAACCCACAGACCUCCCAGUGUCUCGGCCACCAUCAGCUGUCCCAGAUGUGGAUCCUCCUAUUGACACAAACCUAAUUGAGUUUGACACAAACAGCUUCUCUCAAGAUGACGACUUCGUGUUUGAAGAUUUUGCCCGUUUAAGGCUUAAAGGAGUGAUAAAUGAAAAGGAUGAAGACUGCUAAAGAUAUUUCUUUUUUUCUCUCUUUCUGUAACCCCUCUCCUCCCUUCUUUCUCUCCCACACACAAUCUAUAUAUCAUUCAUGUAUAAUGAACAGAGAAUACAGUCUCUCUGAGACUGACACUGAAAAACCUGUCCUCCAUCUCUUUGACUCAUUUAUUCCUGCUUAGGAGUUUUAUUGAAACAAGGCAGCUUUAUCAUUUACAGGGACCCACCACACAGUUACUGUAACUAGAGAGAGAGAAUCAAAACAGAUGCUGGUGAGUUUUCACGUGAAGCGAGGCAUCUGUUUUUGACCAUGAUGGACUCUGAGAAGAGACAAACCAUUACAAAUGACCCUUUUCCGCUUUUCUGCAAGUUU